CAUCUCGUCCUACAUGAGUCAACGACUGCGACCAGAUUCUGCUGCCUUUCCUCAGUGUGAGUAAUAGCGGCUGGCGGAGUAACACCUUGCCAGGCUGAGGAAAGGCAGGAGAAUCCGGCCCUAGCUAUUAACUCAUGUAGGACCCGCUCCCGAAGGGCUGCAGCUGGCAGAGUUGCGUUGGCAGACUGUUAAGAUUCAGACACAUAAUAGACACUGGGAUUAUAAAACUUUCUUUCCAUAUGGACAAAACGAAUCUUCUUCUGCUGCUGCUGCUGUUAGAAUAUAUACUUCAGAUUUCAAAGAGUCUAGAUUGUGACCAAGUGAAAAAAUCCACUAGAGCAGUUUCGGUGGCGUGGUCUGAGUUCCCGAAAGGAGAAAAUCCAGAUUUUUAUGUUGUAACAUAUAAGCUUACAGAUGACUUCCAUGAAAAAAUUGUAGAAAACAUUUCUUCAGUUGUGCGAAAACCUCUCAAUUCCAUAAUUCUGCUAGAAGAAGGAAAAAAAUAUGAUGUCACAAUAGAGUCAAUAAAGAAUGGGGCAAUUUUAAGUGUAAAGUCAUUUAAGACACGUGGAAUUUCAGGCAACAACAUCAAAACACUUGUGACAAGUACUACGAUAUCUUUUAACUGGAGUAUGUUAGCCAGUGAAUUUUCAGUUUCAGUUUCACUGAAUAACACUUUGCGGAUUAUACAACAAAAUGAUGUCUUUUCUGAGUGGGAUCAUUUGAUACCUGCAACUUUGUAUACUUUUACGUUUGAAUUUAAACAGCUGCACCUUGAAUUUAUAAAUGUGUUUCAAGCAAUGGAUAUUCAAGUUGAAACAGGUCUGUGUUCACAAGGAUGGCUGGCAUUCAAAGGCAGCUGCUAUAAAAUGAGCAAAUCAAGCAAGCCAUGGAGUAUGGCACAACAAAUCUGUGAAUUGUCUUCAAUAGGGGCACACCUUGUUGACAUACAGAAUGAAGAGGAACAUAUAUUUAUAUCUUCUUACCUCCAGACAGUCAAUCAAAUAAUCAUGUUAUGGACAGGUCUUAAUGACAUGAAGGAAGAAGGUCACUUUUUGUGGACAGAUGGAUCUCCUUAUCUUGGAAAAGCUGAGAUCUCGUCCUUGUCCUUGAUACUAGAGAAUGAAACUGACUGCUAUGCUUUUCAGCAAAAUCCAACUGGUCCAAACUAUUUCUUCACAGGAUUUUUCUGCUAUAUAUCUUUGCCAUAUAUUUGCGAAUAUGAAUUACCUUCUGUACCAGAAAACUUUGUGUUUAACGUGCAAGACAUCAAAACAACUGAAGCUGUGUUUGUCUGGAGUGAUUUGAAUGACUGGCUUAAAUCAGGAUUUGAACUUAUAAUUAAAUACUAUUUGGAUGAUUCAGAACAACAUUUUGAGCGCUUGCCUCUAAAUACAACACACACAACAAUUGUGCAAUUGUCUCCUGGUCGCCUCUAUAGGGUUUUACUAUCAGCAAGGAGCCCCAGAGGGGCACAAACUAACUUAAGUCCAGUUCUGAUGGUAGAGACAAGGCCAUUACAUUCUCACAGUUUAGAGGCUACACAUGUAUCAUCAACAGAAAUCUAUUUACAGUGGGACCCUCCACAGAACUCCUCCAAUGCAUCUUUUCAUCACUAUCUUGUCACUAUUUUGGACACUGAAGUGAACACAUCGGAGAAAUUACCAGUUCAGAAAAGCACCACUUCAACGGUAAUUAGAAACAUCAAGCCGUAUCAUCAGUACAAGAUAUAUUUACAGAAUGUAGCAGAAAGGGGAUCUCUAAGCUGCAGUGAGAAGCCUAUAUUAAUUACAACAGCUGUCAGUCCACCUAGCAAUGUUGUUAUUCAUCCCGAGGAUGUGCAAGAAGACAGUGUAAUUCUCCACUGGAAGGUACCACAAGAGGGCCUUGGAUCCUACAUUCAAGUGAAACCUACUACAGAUGUGGAUGAAACUGUAAAGUUUUUAGUAAACACCACAGAUAGAUUUAAGAUUAAUCAUCUAGUUCCCGGCAUGACUUAUGAAAUAGCAGUGGCAACUGUGAAUAAUGGAAAUAUGAGUGAAUUGAAGACUAUUCAAUGUACCCUAAAGCCCAAACCAGUUCAGAUUAUUGUCCCUUAUGACAUUUCUAGUAAUUCUGUGGUUUUAUUUCUUCAAAUGCCUGAUGUUGGAGUAUUUGAUGGUAUAUAUGUUACAAGCAAAGGAGGACCUAAUGCUAUGCUGGCUUUAAAGAAUGAUAAUAAAGUAACAAUUGAAAACUUGAUCCCAGGCACAGAAUAUGAUUUCUAUGUUUCUACAGUAAGUGGAAACAUGUUAAGCUCCAUAUAUCACGUACCUGGUGUAAAAACAUGUCUGGCAGCUCCACUAAAUGUACAUGAAGGUAAAGUUACAGAUACUUCAAUACAAAUUGUUUGGGAUCGUGCUGAUGGAAAUUUUCAGCUGUAUGAAGUCACAUGUACAAAUUGUGGAGGCACUAUCAUGGUCCAAAAAGUCAUGCAAGAAAUGGCAUUGUUUUCCAAUCUUAUUCCUGGAAUGCUGUACAACUUUACAAUUCGAACAGAAAAAGAAGGUUUCAAAGACAGCCUUCUUGUAAUAAAAGAAAUAGAGACAGUUCCAAGCCCGGUUAAAUAUAUGAAUCACAGUAAAGACUCAGAAUCAAUAACUGUUAACUGGCCAUCAGCACAAAAUAUAUUUGAUGGAUACAUUAUUUCAAUUAUCAGCAAAAGCUUCUGCAAAGAGGAAAUAUUAUCUUCCAGUGUAAGAAUGUUCAGAUUUGACAGUCUUUCUCCGGGGACUGACUUCUUAAUUAGUAUUUUGACUACCAAUGGAUUAAAGAAAAGCCAUCCUACCACUCUCAAGAUUAGUACUUAUCCUGAUCCACCCUCAGAUUUACAGGUUUUUGGACAAGAAGAGAAUACCGUAUAUUUGUCUUGGAAACUGCCAAGAGGAGGCUUUGAAAUGUUUCAGCUUUCCUAUUGUUUGAUAACGAACAGUGAAACGCUACGUACAACAACUGUUUAUGGCAGCAGAGCUGUAGUGAAAAAUCUGACCCCUGGAAUGGACUACUUGUUUCAAUUAAAGACAGUUAAAGGCUUGGAUUCCAGCAUGGCUGUGGAGAAAAAAGUCACCACAAAACCAGCUGGGAUAUGUGGUCUAACGUUAAAAAAGGCAAAUACUUCCUCUGCUACACUCAUGUGGAAUCCUACCAGGACCAACUUCACCCAUUAUACAGUAUCUGUAUCAAACAGUACAUUCAGGAAAGAAUAUAGUAUUUUGGCAGUGCUGAAUGACUACACAGUUACAGGUCUGACUGCUGGCAGCAUUUAUAAUUUCACAUUACAAAGAGUCAGAGGCCAUGUUGAAGGAGCUAUCACAUUCAUUGAAAUUGUAACAGAACCUGCAAAGCCAGAGGGUCUUAAAGCCUUCAAUGUUUCGUCACAUUCCUUCUCACUGAAUUGGAGACUGCCUUAUGGACGUGUGGAAAGGUUUCAUGUGGAUCUUAUUCCUGGUCACGGCUUUGUUACUAUCCUAGAACUUGGAGGUGGGGAGUAUCGGGCUGAUUUUUCUAGCGUUACUCCUGGAACAACAUAUAAUGUGACAGUUUCUUCAGUUUCUUCUUCAGCAUACAGUUCACCAGUCAGUAGAACAGUGACAACUAACGUAACCUAUCCAGGACCCCCAGUGUUCCUUGCCGGUGAAAAAGUAGGAUCUGCAGGAAUUCUGCUCUCUUGGAAUGUACCACCACAUCCAAAUGGGAGGAUUAUAUCCUAUAUUGUUAAAUAUAAGGAGGUCUGCCCAUGGAUGCAAACAACUUAUACCCAAGUAACAACAAAACCAGAUAGUUUGGAAGUUCUUCUCACCAAUCUUAACCCUGGAACAACUUAUGAAAUUAAGGUUGCUGCUGAGAACAGUGCUGGCAUUGGAGUAUUUAGUGAUCCUUUUCUCUUUCAAACUGCAGAAAGUGCUCCAGGUAAAGUGGUGAAUCUCACAGUUGAGGCCUUCAAUUAUUCAGCUGUAAACCUGAUAUGGUUUCUGCCUCAGCAACCAAAUGGAAAGAUAACCAGUUUCAAGAUUAGUGUGAAACAUGCAAGAAGUGGAAUUGUAGUGAAAGAUGUUUCUGUUAAAGUGGAGGACAUUCUGUCUGGGAGGCUACCAGAAUGUAAUGAAAACAGUGAAUCAUUUUUGUGGAGUACUACCACCCCUUCAACUACUUUUGGCAAAUCUACAUUUCCUUCACGGGCUAUGUUUACACUAAGUACAGUAGCACCUAGUCAAAUGAGCUCUGUCUGGAAUGAACCUAUUAGUUUUGUUGUGACUCAUCUUAGACCAUACACCACUUAUCUUUUUGAAGUCUCUGCCGUUACCACUGAAGCAGGUUAUAUUGACAGCACAAUUGUCAGGACACCAGAAGCAGUUCCAGAAGAUCCACCCCAGAAUUUUGCCAAAGGCAACAUUACCGGAAAGUCCUUCUCAGUGUCUUGGGAACCACCAACCAUAGUAACAGGAAAGUUUAGUUACAGAGUUGAGUUAUAUGGACCGUCUGGUUAUAUUCUAGAUAACAGCACAAAAGAUCUCAAGUUCACAUUUAGUAAUCUAACACCUUUUGCAGUCUAUGAUGUGUAUGUUGCUGCUGAGACAAGUGCCGGGAUGGGGCCUAAAUCUAAUUUAACAGUUUUCACUCCUCCAGAAGUUCCAAGUGCUGUAUCUGAUUUACAACUAGCAGAAGUAGAAGCCACUCUCAUAAGAAUUGCGUGGAGGAAACCAGAACAACCAAAUGGAGUCAUUACCCAAUAUAGGGUUAAAGUGUUAGCUCAGGACACAGGAGUGACUGUGGAAAACACAAUUCUCACAGCGAAAGUUAAGCAUUCGAUGGAUUCUGUGGAUCCAGACAUGUUAAAUGAAAAUAUCCAAUCUACUUUCGCUUGGGAUGCAGUAGAAACAGCCACUGGAUUAUAUGAAGGCUCAGCUGAGAUGUUUCCCAUGAUACAAACAGUUUCUUCAGUAACAUUUACUAGUCUAUCUAGUGAUAACUUGCCCACCAUAAAUGGAGCAGCAGAACUACAUUCAGUUUCUGAUAACCAGUAUGUCAUAAUUUCAUCUGAACAGCUGUCAUAUACAAUAAAAGGACUUAUACCUUUCACAGAAUAUACAAUCAGUGUAUCUGCUUUCACCAUUAUUGGAGAAGGGCCUCCAGCUGUUCUCACUGUUAGCACAUGUGAACAAGUUCCAAGCUCAGUGCAAAAUAUUUAUUAUAAAAAUAUUAGUUCAUCAUCUGUUUUGCUGUAUUGGGAUCCUCCAGCAAAUCCUAAUGGAAAAAUCACUCAUUAUACAAUUUAUGCAAUGGAACUGGACACAAAGAGAGCAUUUCACAUGACAACUACAAACAAUAGCUUCCUUAUAACAGGUCUGAAAAAGUACACAAAUUAUAAAAUGAGAGUAGCAGCUUCCACCACAGUGGGAGAAAGUGCUCUGUCUGAAGAGAACGAUAUUUUUGUGAGAACACCUGAAGAUGAACCAGGCUCCCCGCCCCAGAAUGUACAGGCAUUAGAUGUAACUGCAACAGGAAUAUACUUGAGAUGGUCACCACCAGAGCAACCUAAUGGGAUCAUAACUCAUUAUGAAGUUCUGUACAAUUAUGCCAAUGACUUAUUUAUUAAAAAUACCUCAGCUACAAGUAUUUUUUUAAAUGGCAUGAAACCAUACACUCUCUACAACAUUUCCAUAAGGGCUUUCACUAGACUUGGCCAUGGGAAUCAGUCAUCAUUUCCACUGUCUGUCAAAACUUCUGAAACUGUUCCUGAUAGUGCACCAGAAAACAUAACCUACAGGAACAUCUCAUCUACAGAAGUAGAGUUAUCAUUUUUUCCACCAUCUGUUCCCAAUGGGAUUAUACAGAAGUACACUGUAUAUCUCAGGAGGAUUAAUGGAACUGAGCUAAGAAUCAUAAACACUACUCUUCUGACGAUAAGUAUUACAGGUUUAAAGAAAUAUACCAAAUAUACAGUUGAGGUGUCUGCAAGCACUAACAAGGGUGAAGGGGUUCGUAGUGCACCUCUAAACAUACUGACUAAUGAAGAUGCUCCUAGUUCACCUCCACAAUCCCUCUCGGUAAAACAGUUGUCGGGUGUCACUGUGAAGUUGUCAUGGAAACAACCACUGGAGCCAAAUGGAAUUAUCCUCUAUUACACAGUUUAUGUCUGGAAUACAAUGUCAAAAAGAAGUGUUAAUGUAACAGAAACAUCACUGAUGUUCACAGACCUAGAAAAUAACAGUGAAUACAAAGUUUAUAUAACAACAAGUACCAGAUUUGGGGAUGGAAACAUAAAAAGUAGCAUUAUAAGCUUCAGAACGUCUGAAGGAGCACCAAGUGAUCCACCAAAAGAUGUCAUGUACAGAAACCUCACUGCAUCAUCAAUAAUGGUUAUCUGGUCCCCUCCUCAAAGGCCUAAUGGGAUUAUACAAUAUUAUUCAGUUUAUUACAAAAAUAAUUCAGGAAUUUUUAUGAAGAAUUUCACCAGCCAAGACAUUGACAGUGGUGUUGACAAUAAAUCUCUGUCUGCAGUAUUAGACAAUUUGGCAAAAUGCAGCUACUAUACUGUGUGGUUAACUGCAGACACUGCCUUUGGAAAUGGAAACAAGACCAGUGAGAUAAUACACGUAUAUACAGAUCAAGAUAUUCCAGAUGGCCCUGUUGAAAGUCUGACAUAUCAAAAUGUUUCUUCAACUGCUAUAAAUGUAAGCUGGCUUCCACCAUCCCAGCCAAAUGGUAUAGUCUUCUUCCUUGUUUCACUAAAUUUAUGGGAUACACAAACAGACAGUGAGAUAUUGUCUCUCAUUACUUACAAUACAAGCGUGUUUUUGGAUAAGCUGGAGAAGUACACUGAUUAUAUUCUGAAAAUCAUUCCGGCAACAGUGAAGGGGUCUUCUAAAAUGCACACUGUGAAACUACACAUCAAAACUGAAGAAGAUGUCCCUGAAUCUUCACCUGUAAUCAGAACGUAUAAGAAUCUUUCAUCUACCUCAGUUAUGUUGUCCUGGGAGCCUCCUCUCCAACCAAAUGGUAUCAUAAUAAGUUAUGAUUUAAAGUUAUUUGGACCAGAAAGGAAUGAUUCUUGGUCUACCUCCAAUGAUUCUAUAAUUCUAGAAGAUCUUUUACCAUUUACACUGUAUAGUAUUUUUGCUGCUGCAAGAACUAUCAGAGGACUUGGUCCCUAUGCCACGCUUAACUUUUACACAGAUGAGUCAGUGCCAUUAGCACCUCCUCAGGAUUUGGCUAUUUUCAACUAUACUGCCUACUCUGUGUGGCUAAAAUGGAGGCCAAGUCCUCAGCCAAAUGGUGCUAUUAAGAACUAUAGUUUUAAGAUUCAAGAAAACAUGAGUCAUACCAUAUUUUAUCAGAACGUUUCAGGUUCACACAGUGACGCAAACCUUGUUGGAUUAGAGCCAUUCAGCACCUAUUUUAUCAGUGUCUCUGCUUUUACAAGAGUUGGAAAUGGCAAUCAGUUCAGUAACAUUGUCCAAUUCACAACAAAAGAAUCAGCUCCAGAUGUUGUCCAGAAUGUUCAGUGUACUGCAACAAGUUGGCAGUCGAUUCUAGUGCACUGGGACCCACCUUCUAAGUCAAAUGGAGUGAUUACACAUUACAUCAUAAUAUUUGAAAGGAAUUCUACAAACAUUUCUGCUUCUGAUAAGGUGCAUACUUUCAGAGAUCUGCUAUCAAAUAUUUCUUACCAAUUUAAAAUAAAAGCUGCAACAUCUGCUGGUGAAGGAAAAGAACAGAUAUGCAAUGCCAGCACAUUUCCAGAAAAAGUCCCCAGUGCUCCCAGGGAUGUUGCUUUUUCCAACGUUCAAUCAACAAGUGUGACUUUGAUAUGGAGAACCCCAGAUACUAUCCUUGGCUACUUUCAAAACUACAAGAUUACUACACAGCUACGGUCCAUCCACUGCAGUGACUGGAAAAACGAUGAAUGUAUUGAAUAUGAGAAGGAUCAAUAUUCCUAUGAAACUGGUGUUGAUGACUAUAUGGAGGAGAUAGUACAUGAAUUAAAAAAAUUCAGAUGGUAUAGGUUUAAAGUUGCUGCUAGUACAAAUGCUGGUUAUGGCAACACUUCACCCUGGAUUUCUACACAAACUCUGCCUGGCUCUCCAGAUGGUCCUCCAGAAAAUGUAACUGUAGUAGUUACAUCUCCUCACAGUAUUAACAUCAGCUGGAGUGAACCUGACAUUAUUACUGGACCAACAUUCUACCUCAUAGACGUUACCUCAGUAGAUAGUGAUGAUUAUAAAGCUUCAUUUCUCAAGACAAAUUAUGAGGGUAAAACCCUGGAAAUUUCAGAUUUAAAAUCAUUCACAAGAUAUUCUGUAGUAGUCACUGCUUUUACAGGAGAUGUAAAUGCUGCACGUAGUGAAGGCAAGUCUAGUACUUCAGUAAUUGUCUCCACAUUUGAGGCAGUGCCUAAAGACCCACCUAGCAACGUAACAUUUCAGAAGAUACUAGAUGAAGUAACAAAAUUCCAAGUGACGUUUGUGCCACCAUCUGAAUCAAAUGGAAAUAUUCAAGUAUAUCAAGCCAUGAUUUACAAAGAAGAUGACCCUGCUGUUGUCCAGAUUCAUAAUCUAAGUGUCAUUGACAAAACAAAUAAAUCGGUCACUGCAGUGAUAGAGGGGCUAAAAGGAGGACAUACGUAUAAUGUCAUUGUGUAUGCAAUAAAUGGUGCUGGUGCAGGGCCAAAAAUCCAACUAAAAAUAACUAUGGAUAUUAAAGAACCACCAAGACCUAAUAAGAAACCAACACCAGUUUUUGAUACUAGUGGGACACUACUUGUUACUGCUACAACCAUUACUAUCAGAAUGCCAGUAUGCUACUAUAAUGAUGAUCAUGGACCUAUCAAGAAGAUACAAGUUCUUGUUGCAGAAGCAGGAGUUCAGCAUGAUGGAAAUGUUACUAAGUGGUAUGAUGCCUACUUCAAAAAACCCAGGCCAUAUUUUACAAAUGAAGGCUUUCCAAACCCACCCUGUACAGAAGGAAAUGAAGGACUGAGUGGCAAAGAAGAUAUGUAUGUUAUAGGUGCUGAUACUACAUGCAUGAUACCUGGGAGUGAAGAUAAAAUCUGCAACGGCCCCCUAAAACCAAGAAAGCAGUACUUAUUUAAAUUCAGAGCAACGAAUGUUAAAGGCCAGUUUACAGAUUCAGACUAUUCUGACCCUGUCAAAACUUUAGGUGAGGGACUGUCAGAAAGAGCUGUAGAAAUAAUACUUGCAGUUACUUUGUGUAUACUUUCCAUAAUUCUUCUUGUGGUGGCAAUCUAUGCUUUUGCAAGAAUCCGACAAAAGCAAAAAGAGGGAGGCACCUACUCCCCACGGGAUGCAGAAAUUAUUGACACUAAAUUCAAGCUGGAUCAGUUGAUCACAGUGGCAGACCUGGAACUGAAGGAUGAGAGAUUUACUCGAUACUCCUCAUUUUUCUUUAGACGCAAGGAGAUAUUUGUCAUCCAGUUACUUAGUUAUAGAAAAUCCAUCAAGCCAAUAAGCAAGAAAUCCUUCCUACAACAUGUUGAAGAACUUUGCACAGACAACAACCUAAAGUUUCAAGAAGAAUUUUCGGAACUUCCCAAGUUUCUUCAAGACCUUGCUUCAACUGAUGCUGAUCUGCCUUGGAACAGGUCUAAGAAUCGCUUUCCAAACAUAAAGCCAUAUAAUAACAACAGAGUAAAGCUGAUAGCUGAUGCUGGUAUUCCAGGAUCUGAUUACAUCAAUGCCAGCUAUGUGUCUGGCUACUUGUGUCCAAAUGAGUUUAUUGCUACUCAGGGACCAUUACCAGGAACAGUGGGUGAUUUCUGGAGAAUGGUGUGGGAGACUAGAGCAAAAACGCUCGUGAUGCUUACGCAAUGUUUUGAAAAAGGACGGGUAAGAUGUCACCAAUACUGGCCAGAAGACAACAAACCAGUGACUGUGUUUGGAGAUAUAGUGAUUACCAAAUUAGUGGAAGAUAUUCACAUAGACUGGACUAUCAGGGAUCUAAAAAUUGAAAGGCAUGGGGAUUGUAUGAUGGUACGUCAGUGUAACUUUACUGCCUGGCCUGAACAUGGAGUCCCUGAAACUACAGCACCAUUAAUCCAUUUUGUCAAGCUGAUCCGUGCAAGUCGAGCACAUGAUAACACACCUAUGGUUGUUCACUGCAGUGCUGGAGUUGGAAGAACAGGGGUUUAUAUUGCACUUGAUCACUUAACACAACAUAUAAAUGAUCAUGAUUUUGUGGACAUGUAUGGACUUGUAGCUGAGCUGAGAAGUGAGAGAAUGUGUAUGGUACAGAACCUGGCACAAUAUAUUUUUUUGCAUCAGUGUGUUUUGGACCUAUUGACAAGCAAGGGAAGCAGUCAGUCCAUAUGUUUUGUAAAUUAUUCAGCACUGCAAAAGAUGGACUCUUUGGAUGCCAUGGAAGGUGAUGUGGAACUUGAAUGGGAAGAAACUACCAUGUAAAUAUUUAAAGCAAAGAUUAUUAGGUCUUGAAAACCAAAUAGUAUUUUUCUAAAUGCAGGGGCCAAAACAAAUCCCCUUAUAAUGAAUUAAAAACAAUCAUUUUUUUAAAUGUUGAAAUGGUUCCUUUUCUAUCAAUGUGCCUUCAUAAAUGUGAUAAAUUAUUUUAUGCAAAUCACUAGGCAAUGAAGAUCAGCAAUACUUUUGCCCAUAUUGCAGUUCUGUUGUUAUAUAAAUAACUCAGUAUGUAUUUAAAUUGAAAGUGUGUUCUCAACAAAUGCCCCUUUUCCCCAGUUAUCUUGUAAAAGAUUAAAAAUGAGCCAAAUGUGAAGGAAAAUGUUCAUAUUCCUAACGUGCAUAAUUCAGUGUGAAUUUGAUGUAUUCUUUUGUUUGGUUUUGAGUAAAAGCUUGAAUUCUUUGACUCAGUCAUGUUAGUUUGGCCUCUAGGGUGUUGACAAUUCUUGUGGAUUACUUCCAAUACUGUCACAAUGAUCUUUACCUAAAUGUAUGUUCUUGUGUUUUAAAACUGCUGUUUUAUGAGUGCUAGGAUAUCAUCUCAUGAUCCUGAACAGCUGAAGAGUCACCCCCUGACACUGCGAGGAUUAUUCAGCUUUUGCACAGCACACAGUAGCUCUUCAGGGAUAGUUGGGGCUAUUUAAGCUAACUUGUGAUCACCCGGUUGUUGUUUUUAAAUGUUGCUAGUGAUUGCACAUGUUUGAUAAUGAAGAAAGGAUCUCACAUUCCUGCUACUUUUGUAAAACUG